UGGGUUUGUGGUUAGAAGUGGGAACAAACAACAAAACCACAAAGUGAUUGACAUUGUUGAGUGUUAGCAUCGGUGUCUACUAUCUAUCUAUCAUCGUUGAGUUGAAGAACCUGAAAAUGGCUCCAAUUGCAGUGGGAGAUGUUAUUCCAGACGGAACCUUGUCCUUCUUAGAUGACCAAAACAAACCCCAAUCUGUCACCAUUCACUCUCUCGCCGCCGGCAAAAAAGUCAUCAUCUUUGGUGUUCCCGGUGCUUUCACUCCUACUUGCAGCUUGAAGCAUGUGCCUGGCUUCAUUGAGAGAGCAGAAGAGCUGAAAACAAAGGGUGUGGACGAAAUAAUCUGCAUCAGUGUGAAUGAUCCCUUUGUGAUGAAUUCAUGGGCCAAAACAUUCCCAGAGAACAAGCAUGUCAAGUUUCUUGCUGAUGGUGCAGCCAAGUACACCAAUGCCCUUGGGCUCGAGCUUGACCUCACUGAUAAAGGGCUUGGAAUUCGCUCUAAGAGGUUUGCUCUAUUGGUGGAAGACCUCAAGGUGAAGGUUGCAAAUGUUGAAAGUGGAGGAGAAUUCACCAUCUCCAGUGCUGAGGAGAUCAUCAAGGCUCUUUAAGUUAAACCUUUGUAUCCUUAUUCAGAGCUGUGUCUUAGGGCUCAUUUACUGUCUAUGGGCUCAUUUACUGUCUAUUGUGUGUGUGUGACUCUUUUGAUACCAGAGCAUGUUAGAAUCAUUUUGCUUUUAUUAUCUGGAAUUGUGUUGUGUGCUCUAGGAGGGGACAUGAUAUGGUGCAUAUUUCGGAAAUAAAUAAAUUUCUAGUUUCAAGUGCGA